AAUUACUGCGGUUCAUCGAUAAGUUCGCUCUGUGCCUUUAUACGUUUUCCUCAAUUAAACCAAAACUUCCAAAAAAAGUGGUGUGUCGUGUAUCCUUGUGAAGCAGAAACGGACACAUUAGCACCUUCGUUUACCACCCGAGAGAGAGAGAGGGAGAGAGGGAGCGAGCAAAAUGGAAAAGUCGUCUCCCGCCUCGGCUGCGUCUCUGAGGUGGGCAAUCCUUCGUCGUGCUCUCCGUCCAUCAUCAUCGUCGCCACAGUCAUCUUCAUGUGGCGACCCAUUGCAGACGGAAAUCGAGCGUGUCUCCAGAAAAGCAACUCGCGGCUUUAACUUAGUUCCAUGGGAAUUCUCAAGUUGGGUGGAAGAACGCAUUUUGUUGACUAAGAGAAAGGAUGUAUGUGGUAACAGAGAUGCGGUUAUAUGCUACAGACUGCCCAUUGGUAGAACUCCCACGCUUUCUCUGAUCCAAAGAGUAGGCUGUCACAUGGAACUCCAGGAUUUUGAGAUCUCUAAUGCCCACAACAUUGACAGCACUGGACUUGUUUGUCUCUGGCCAUCAGAGGAUGUCCUCACAUAUUAUUGUUUAACUCAUGCCAACAUUUUCAGCUCUAAAAAAGUUCUGGAACUUGGAUCAGGAUAUGGAUUAGCAGGAUUAGCAGUUGCAGCAAGCACUGAUGCACAUGAAGUUACUAUAUCUGAUGGAAAUCCCCACGUUGUUGACUACAUCCACUGUAGUGUACGUGCCAAUUCAGAUAACUUUGGUGAUACUAUAGUAAAGCCGUUAACAUUGCACUGGGGACAGGAACAAGCAACAGAUAUGUCCAGCCACUUUGAUAUCAUUAUUGCUAGUGACUGCACCUUCUUCAGGCAAUUCCAUGCUGAUCUCGCCUACACUAUUAGAUGUUUGUUAAAAGAUUCAGAGGACUCUCAGGCAAUCUUCUUCAGCCCCAGAAGAGGCAAUACAUUGGACAUGUUUCUGGAGCAAGUUAGGAAAUUAGGAUUAAAAGUUCAUGUGGUGGAGAAAUAUGACAGCAAAGUCCUUGGUCUUCAUCAAGAGUUCAUAAAUGGGGACAAUUCCUCAUGGCCCAACUAUGUUGCAGAUCAUUGUUACCCACUGAUGAUAAAGAUAACCUUCUAAGUUAUCUUUAUUCGGGUCUGAAGCAGCUGGAAAAAGCGAUACAAUUUGACAUGUAAAAUUAGUUCAUUCAAGUAUUUAUUUCUUGAGCCCAGGCUCUGCUCUCAGGCGUUCAAAAUAUUUCCUCGGAACAUGUAAUUAGCAUUGAACAGUGUAACAUUAUAGAAUCCGUGUGGAUGCUGUUAAUUGUGCAUUAUGAACUAAAGCUGCUUGUAACUGGUGGUACAAGUCCUUGAUGUGUUCAUUCCCAAUAUUCAUU